GAGGAGCUCAGCAGCACCAGCGUGGAGCACCUCAUCAUCAACCCCAAUGCUGCCUACGAGAAGUUCAGGGACAAGAGCCUGGGCUCCAAGGGAGGGGAUUUCUCUGAUCGUCUCGGCAAGCCCAGGAGAACAGGCCAUGAGUCCGGGGAGUACGAGAUGCUUGGUGAGGGACUGGGGACCAAGGAGACCCCCCAGCAGCGAUACCAGCGGCUGCAGCACGAGGUGCAGGAGCUGCUGAAGGAUGUGGAGCAGAUGCAGAGCUCGGCGCGGGAGGCGGAGGAGGAGCUGACGGCCAUGGGGCAGAACCCACUGCUGGUCGGGCUGAAGGGCUCCAGCCUCGUGGAGACUGUCCAGGUCCUGCAGGCCAAGGUCAAUGUCCUGGACAUGGCCGUGCUGGACCAGGUGGAGGCUCGGCUACAGAGUGUCCUAGGGAAGGUGAACGAGAUCGCCAAGCACAAGGUGACUGUGCAGGAUGCUGACACCCAGAGCAAGAUCCACCAGAUCUAUGAGACAAUGCAGCGCUGGGACCCAGUGGCCAGUACCCUGCCUGACGUGGUGCAGAGGCUGGUUACCCUCAGGGACCUGCACGAACAGGCCACGCAGUUUGGGCAGGUCCUGGUGCACCUGGACACGACACAGCAGGAGAUCUCGGGGGCCCUGAAGGACAACGCGGUGCUGCUGGCAGAGGUCCAGAAGACAAUGAAGGAAAACUUGGCCAUCAUAGAGGACAACUUCGCCGACAUCGACACCCGCAUCAAGCGGCUGCAGAAGUGA